AUGGAGGAAGAUGUUCUCAAUGCGCUGCAGACGCGUUCCGCAUUCUUGCCAGGUGGGCGUGACAGGGACAACAAUUUGCUCCUAGUGAUACCCGUGCCAUUCGAGCUGCACCCAUGGACCAAGCCAUUCCUCGAGACCUCCAUCAAGUACAUUUUAUCGUCGCUCAGUGACGAAACCAAAAAUUGCGGCUUCACGGUGAUCGUGGAUGCUCAGAAGUGCUCUUGGCGCCUCGCGAAAAUACACAUGAAAGCCGCAUCGCUGCUUGGUGCUAAUUUGGCGUCACUCAUUGUCAUUCGGCCAGAUGCAUUUUGGGAUAAGCAGCGUGUUGAGAAUUGCGCAAGAGCCAGCAAGACUGGAGAGACACUUCUCACCGAGAGUCUCCCAUUUCAGCCGAUAAUCAUCUCCAAGUCCCGCCUCGGAAAGUAUUUCGACAUGAGCGAACUGCCAGAUGAAUUGGGUGGCACACUUGCCUAUAGUCACGAACAAUGGCUCCACAAUCGCAUGUUUCCUCUGUCACCGCAGCGCGUCGAGGAGUUCAAGAAGGCGUACGACAGAUCUGUGAAUGACCUAGAAAAUCUACACGUUACAUUGUUGGAUAGCAAAUCAUUGCGGGCAAACGAGACGGAGCAAGCCCUGAAAACAUGCGCCACACUCAAUGGGGACGCCCAGAGAUUGGUGCAGGCCGUCAUUGAGAAUGGAAAGACAUUAAUCGCCGACUUGAGCAAGAUCACAUGGAAUCCCAACUCGGACUUUGUCAAGUCGCCAGAUCUUGUGGACGCUCUGGAGUUCAUCAAGAGGAUGCUGAAUGACGUGGAAAAGCGCCAAACGGAAGCGGCAAAUGCGUGGAUUGACUUGGAGAAGAGCAUGGAAGUGGCUCGUGAGUUGGCAUCACUUGAAGAAGGAGUCGCCUUCGUGACGAAUUGGAUCCUCUCCACGGCCGAGGCGAUGCUCACGGCGCAGAAGAAGAUCGGCUACGACGUGCAGACGUCGGAGGAGCUGAGGAAGAAGCACGAGCAGCUGGAGAUGCAGUGCUGGGACACGUAUGGACUGUAUGCCGAACUCUUGCACAAAAUCAACAUGUUUGACGUGCCGAAAGACUCAUUCAUGCACAAAGACUUGAUGUCGAAGAAGGACUAUAUGGACUUUGUGUGCCGCAGCUUUGCCACUCGACUGGAGCGUCGGAGGAACACUUUAAUCACUUCACUGAGAUUCUUCCGGCUCGUGUCUGAGUACUUCGACAGAACCAGUGAAGUGUUUGAGAGUCUGGUCAUGAGAAAUCGCCUCGAUGACUUCGAAAUGGCCCCAAUCAAUCUGCAGAAGCUCAAAGACAGCCAGCAAGAUUUGGAAUCCGUCGAGAGAGAACUGGUGAGAGAGGGCGAGAAGCUGAGCGACAUGCUCGCGAUGCCAGUGAAGGAUGCUCUUGGAUGCGACAUUGGUGUCGAUUACAGCGAAGAUAUUGUCAACAUUCGAGACAUUCUGGACGCGAGCAUCGCCCGCAGGAACAUCUUCAUCGACAGCGUGGAGUUGCAAAAACUCACUCUUGAGCAAGUGACGUACAUCCAUUCGUACGAGGAGGACGCCAGAACGGCGAUAAAGUGGAUGGAGGAUUUGUACAGCGUUAUGAUUAAGUUGCACUCGCAUGUGGGCUGCAACAUGUACGAGAUUCAGACACAAAAGGAGGAGCUGCAGACAUUUCAGGAAACUGCCAAGGGAAUCUUCAGCUACGGCUGCCAACUGUUGGAGGCAUCACUCACGCUCAGACAGUCGUGCAAAUUGGAGAUCGCCGGCAACAGUGACAUGCUGGCGGACUUGCAGCGCGCCUGGAGCAAUUUGCAGGCCGUGAGUCAGGAGCAGAUGACGCGCCUGAGAGUCUCGGCGGUCUUCCACCGCAGCGUGGAGGAUCACUGUCAGAAGCUGCAGGAGCUGCGCGUGGCCGUGGAGACGACCUGCGACAUCGACGAUCCCGACAGGCGUCGCAGUCGCCUGCGGAAGUACCUGGCGUGCCGGGAGCGCCUGCUGGUGGAAGUGGGUCGCAUGGUGCGCCUCGGACGCUUGCUCAAGACUCGGCUCAAAGAGGCGUUCGUCUUGGACGACAAUUCCGAUGGGAUGUCGUCAUCGGGAGAAAAUAACCGUGUCGUGAUGGCGAGUGACAAUGUGAUCGCCUGCGAGGCGAUCUCGGAGAAGCUCAACACUGUCGCCACUGUGGCUGAGGCACUGGACAAUGUUUUGAGAGACACUCAGCACGGCUUGGAGGUCAUCGAGACCACGACGACAGAGAAGAAGAGCGAAAAUGGAACAGAUGACUGGAAUUCCAGCCUCAAGUCAUCGAAAUCUUCCACCGAAGACGAGUCCUUUAUCACUGCUUCUGACUGCACUUGGACUCCUCAGUCGCGCUCAUCGUCUUAUCACACUGCGUCUGAGUGUCGAGCGUCUCCGUGGUGGGAUUCAGAGAAGAACUCCCUGGACAUCGCUGACGUCUCGGACAUCGAGACGGAAGUGCCGUCGAACAAACUGUCGUCGAAUUCAGCAUCUUUCGACGAGUCGGAGCACAGUUUCCGCUCUCAGACGACUCACUCGCCGCUCUAUGCUGAGCACAGCGAUUCCGAUGACGCCAGAAAGAGAUCUCACCGCGGCCGCGACUCGCCUGAUCCCGGAGUUCUGCUGGACGACGAGAAAUCGGACAGAAAGAAUGAAGCUGAUGUCGUGGAGAAGGUGAGGAGUGACGCUAAUCCGAGUGCUCAUGAUUUCUUGGCCUGGAACGGCUACUAUCAGAGCUUUAUAACCAAGCAAACCAUCAAGGGAUGCUUCUGA